GGCAUCCAUCCAUAUAGCUAUGAUGUAUUGAAACACUCUUGCCUCCACACGCCAUUUCUUCAUGGAACUCUACGACUAUAUUCUAGACAAACUCUCCGUUCAAUCCCCCUGGACUACCCAGAAUGAAACGACCUUACUUGAGCCCUUCACGUUUGUCACUUCAAAGCCCGGAAAGGACAUGCGGGGUCGCCUUAUUGAAGCUUUCAACCGGUGGCUGAACGUACCUGCCGAGAAGUUGAUGGUGAUUGCGCGAAUCGUGAAUAUGUUACAUGCUGCCAGUUUAAUGGUGGAUGAUAUUGAAGACGACUCAACUCUUCGAAGAGGCAAACCUGUUGCACACAAGGUGUAUGGUAUUCCUCAAACUCUCAACUCAGCCAACUACGUCUAUUUUCUGGCUUUCCAAGAGCUUUUUGCCUUACGAGGCGCUGAAGGAGUUGAUCUCGCUGCAAUCGUCAAUAGUGAACUGCUCGCACUUCACAGAGGGCAGGGACUUGAAAUUUUAUGGCGUGACUCCUUGCGGUGCCCCACGGAAAAAGAAUACAUCGAGAUGGUCAACAACAAGACAGGCGGUCUCCUUCGUAUUGGUAUCAAGCUCAUGAUGGCCUGUGCGACAACAAACCUAGACAUUGACUAUAUUCCCCUCGUAAACCUUAUCGGCGUACACUUUCAGAUCAGGGAUGAUCUCAUGAACCUUCAAAGCCCAGAGUAUAGUUCCAAUAAAGGUUUCGCAGAGGAUCUGAGUGAAGGAAAGUUCUCUUUCCCGGUUGUGCACAGCAUCCACACCGAUACCACCAAUCGCCAAGUCUUGAGCAUACUCCAGAAACGUCCCUCGACUCCAACCCUAAAGCAUUAUGCAAUCGAUUACAUGGAGAAUAGCACAAAGUCAUUCGAUUAUACUCUUGACGUCCUAGAGAAGUUGGAGAAGCAGACGAGGGUGGAAAUCCAGAGACUAGGUGGGAACGAGGGUCUGGAAAAGCUGAUGGAUGCCUUUCAUGUUGAUAGGACAAGAUUUUUGGGAAGGAAAGCAGGAGUUGACCAUCCUUAA